CGUCCCCCAGUGAGACAAAGAUCCCUUGUAGAGAAAACAAAUGAAAGUGACACAAAAAAUGAAUCAAAUGAACAUCCACCUACUGCUCAGAAGGCAGUGUCAAAACCUCCGCCAGUAAAACCAAAGCGUACUGGUGCUCAUGAUGACUACAUAAAAGUUAAACUAGAGAACGAAGCAGCUGAAUCUAAAUAAAACUGCAAGAGACGCAAAACGAUAAUGGCGAUAAUGUGCCGGUGACACAAACUAAAGACAAGAGUGUUGAUUUCUCCCAGAGAGAACUUCCUAAAAUACCAGUAUUAAACAAAAAGAAAAAGCCAACAAGACCACCCCCACCGAGGUCGAAACCCCGCCCAUUCUCCAUCGCUACAGAAAGUAUGGACUUUAGGUCAAGCGAGGGAUCAGAUUCAGAUGAAAUGUCAAAAUCAAAAAAUGACAGUGACAAAGAUGACAAUCCAUUUUAUGAGAUGAUUCCUGCUCAAGUGUUUCAGAAUAGGGAUAAGAAUGAACCCUUGAAGCAUUGGGACUUGCCACGAGCCUCACACCCUGAACCCAUCCGCAGAAGUCUUAGUGCUGAGUGCAUACCAAAAGCUGUUGAUGAUCAAGGUAAUGUAGUUUACAUGGACCCUGAUCAGCUAGGUAUAAAUAACGGGAAGAAUGGUUAUGAUAUUUAUGUUGACACGGAAGGAUACGCAGUUCCACAUCGGCUGAUUAGAAGGAAUAACUCCACAGAUGACACAAAUGAGUGGGAUAUGAUAGAUGAUGUAGGAUUGGCUUUUUCGGAUAAUGAUGUCGGACCUAACAAACCAAUUGGUGAUCGUGUGAAAUCCAAAUUUCGGCGUUUCAAGAAUCUGUUCACGGAAACAGACAAACCUUCUCUGGAGAGAACAUCGGCUCCAGAUAAAGGAAGCCAGAAACGCAAAAUUGAAGCAAUAAGGAAUAAAGUAAACCAGGCCUUUGAAGUGUUACAGAGUUCCCUGAGACAGAAAAACAACAACAACCCCGAGGAAGGUGACGGGGAAAUAGCAGAAAGACUCUCCAAUGAUUCAGACAGUAAGGUAGAUGAACGAGAGAUUAGGAAGCGAGUAGAAUAUUCCCGCAGUGUCAGAAUCAGAACUUCUAAAAGUAUACGAGAGACACAGAAACAUGAAAAGAAGAUAUAUCCCCAGUUGUUUGAACAUGCGAUGAUAGUCAGCUUGCAACAGAACCAGGAUACUGGUGUUUACGAGCCAUAUGUUUUGUACAAAUUCCCCGAAAUUCGCAAUUAUAAGCUUACUAUGGAAGGCAAGCUAUUCCCGUGUUCUGAGUCGAAAGACACUAAUGUAUCAGUGCCGUUGUUCUGUUUUCCCGAUGCUGCCAAUUUCAAAUCUUCGUCAUCAAGCUCAAAAAGUCAGUCGUAUAACUUUGUGUUGACCAACUUCGAUGGUGGGCGUGUCUAUGGGUAUUGUAGGCGGCUCCUUCCACCAAAGUCACCGAACAAAGUUCCUGAGGUGAUUUGUAUCAUCAGUCCUAUAGACGCUUUUACCAUGUAUAACACACUUCUGGAAGAGGUAGAGAGGAAGAGGUUCGUAUCCCUGGAUGCUGCACAAGAGUUGAUAGCUGCAUCAUUUGGUCGUCCACUGCCAUCACCUGGAGUUAGUGAAACUAUACGUACACUGGAUCAGCAUGGUGAAAUGGAGACAAUAUUUGUAACUAGAGAUACAGACAACAGAAUAGAAAACGUGAAUUGUGAAUGUCUGUUGACAAGUCUAGGCUCGGACAAGUUACUUAAAGUGUUUUCUACUAUCCUGUUGGAGAGGAGUGUUCUUUUCUGUGCCAAACAUCUUAGUACAUUGUCCUCCACUAUACAUGCUAUUGUGUCCUUGCUGUAUCCAUUCUCAUGGCAACACACAUUUAUCCCAGUGCUUCCGUCAGACAUGAUAGAUGUUGUCUGCUCGCCUACUCCGUACAUUAUAGGUAUAACAGCCUCCCUGCUGCCAAAAACAUCAGAUCUACCAAUUGAUGAGAAUGUAUUAAUUGUUGACAUUGACAAGCGAACAUUUAUCCGAUCACAGGGUGAUGAGGGAACUCUCCUGCCAAAGAAGAUAGAAAAAGCUCUUAAAACAUCGCUUAAUAUGUGCCGAGUCGAUCCAGAUGCAAGAAAUUGCCCUGACCUGAUGAUCUCCGAGGCCUUUGUGAGGUUUUUCGUUGAAGCUAUUGGGCACUACGGACAGUUUAUUAUCACUCAACAGGACGGUAAAAAAAUCUUCCAGAAAGAAAAUUUUGUCAAAGGUACAAGUUCCUCCACCCUACAGCAGCUACUAGAAUGGUUUGUUGAGACACAGAUGUUUGAAGUAUUUAUCACAAAACAACUUGAGAAAACAGACUGGGGCAACACUAUAGAAAUGUUCCAAAGUCGUAUUCAAGAGCAUAUGUUUACGAAGGGUCAGAAACGACGACUCGGCAAAAAGUCUAGUGCUCUCACAUUUUCACCAGAAAAGGACUGAAGACAUCUUCUUCAUCUAACUUUAUUCAUACAUACCAAUACUAAACUUGUAUUCUUGUUAAAAAAAAUGCAGGUUUUUUCAUCUUCUGAUUUUUUUCUUACAUACUGGUACUAAAAUUGAUGCAUCAGGGUUCACUCCACAAUUUUUCACCUGAGUCAUGUGCUACAGUCUCAUUCAAGUGGCUCAAACUUAUUUUCCAUGUGGCUUAUAAAAUGAGGAUAUUUUUUUCCAUGAAAUGUUGCGUUUUCGCUUGCAACUUUUGAGUCAGUAAUUUGUUUCUGCUGUGUAAUUUGUACAAAUUUUUAGUGUGACAAUAGAAGUUGCAAGUGUAGCAGUUUUUGUGCCAAAAGACUGACUUUUCCUUGCAUGUAAGACCGGAUUUUUCUGUGUUUUCGCUGACGAUUGAGAAACAUUUUACACCGGGGAUGUAGGGUGAUUGUUGUGCUGCAAUUUAUGAAUAACGUAAAUUCAUAAACAGCUGUGAUAAAGUAGUGCACAAAAAGAAAAGCAUUCAUUUUAUUUUAUUUCUUCUAUUGUAUGAAGAAAUCUUUUGCACAGAAAAGAAUCUAUUACUGGUUGUAGGUGUGGAUGGAAACAUCUCAGGUAACAGCUCUUGAGGUAACUUGGCAGAGCCUCGUUACUGCCUGAACAGUUGUUUUUGAGGUAGAUAUUUCAAUCCCCAUUUUAAACCAGUGAAAGAAUCUUAUAAUUCUUUAUCCAUUGCUACAUUUAAGAUCUUUUUCAUAUGUUUUUGAAGCUUUUAAUUCUCAAAACGUUUGUGUUUAUUUUACAAGAUUAAGGUGCACAUACAUUAUAUACUUACAGGCAUGUGCUAAAACAUUUGUUUGUUUGAUAACAUUAUUUACUUUGCACAAUAUUUUGUUUACUAUAGAAUUGAUUUCUUUUUUUGUUUGUUUUUAUACAGCAUAUCCCUGUAAAUAGUGCAAUACCCAUAUCAGAGAAUAUUUACAUUUUCUUCAUGCUGCAUUGAACAUUAUCCAGAGACUCAGUGAACUGUCAUGUAUAGUUACUGUAUUUACUCGCCUAUAGGAGUUUUUUUUCCAUUAAAAAUCAUAUCAAAUAUUUUGUCUUGUCUAAUAAGUGAGUCAGAAGCAUUGGCCUAAAGUACUUAUAAAAGAGUGCAAAAUACUGGUGAUUUUAAAGUAAAUUAAAAGGGCCCAUAUUAUAGAAAAGUCGUCUUAUAGAUGGGUAAAUAUGGUUUCCUAAAUAGUUUUUGUUCAGCCUGUAUGUAAAUACAAAAGAAUGUUUUUAGGGGGAUUACUUUAGAUAUGUUUAAGAAUGUACAGCAUUAUUAUAGUUGUAUUUCUGAAGUACUUUUGAAGUGACUGAAACCUUUCUAGUCACAUUAGAUUUUGAUAGUUACCUUUUACCUUAGGAUAAGUAAGGAAAAGGGACUCCUUCAUCAAUACACAAAUAUUGAGGACUGAACAUGAAAAGAAAUGUUUUACAUAUCAUUUAUGUUUAAAAUUUACAAGGUAACAUAACUGAAAUUUACAAGGUAAAACACAUCAAAAUGGAUAUGUGUUGUUAAUUUAAAACACAAGAUAUUUUGAAAAUCUAGAAAAAAAAAUCAUUUUCAUUCUUUGAGUUUUUUCAAUAUUCUUAUUACCAAGUAUUUGAAAAAUGAAUUGCCAAUAAAAACCUGUUACAGAAAUGAGCCACACCAUGAGAAAACCAACAUAGUGCAUUUGCGACCAGCAUGGAUCCAGGCCAGCCUGCACUUCUGCGCAGUCUGGUCAGGAUCCAUACUGUUCGCUUACGGUUUCUCUAAUUGCAAUAGGGAUUGAAAGCGAACAGUAUGGAUCAUGAUCAGACUGCGCAAAUGCGCAGGCUGGUCUGGAUCCAUGCUGGUGGCAAAUGCACUAUGUUGGUUUUCUCAUGGUGUGGCUCAAAUGAUGAAUGAAACAGUAGGUCCCUAUAUAAAAUGCUGGUUUAAUACUAAAAUUUGCUGGGCUGAAGUCGAAACCUGAAGAAACAAAUUAUGAACAAAUCUUUUUUUAUGUUCUGUAAUAAAUAUCUUACUGAAUGGCUAGCCCGUCAGUAGUCAUAACUAUUGACCGGCAAUCCAUUCAGUAAGUGUAUAUCUGCAGUAUACUCAAUGAAAUUAAUGAACAUUCAUUAGUAGUUUUACUACUGAAUAAUUAUAUAUGUGCAAGUUUCUGUAAAUGUCAUGUGCAUAGUAAACUUUAUUCUUUUUUAUAAUGUAUAUAAUAUAAUGUAUAUUUUAAUAGAUUUAAAAAGUGAUUUAAAAUCUCAUAUUCAGAGACAGGGUACCUUGCUUAAUGAAGAUUAACAUUGAAUUUUUUGUCUUGGCUGAGCUUUUCAUUGUGCUCUUAGUAUGAAAAAAAACGCAUUUUCUCAGAAAAGUGCUUCAGAAAUUUGGAAAAAAUCAUUUUAGGUAGUGAAAGUAACUUACUUUGCUGUGGAAUUAUUAUGUAUUAUACAGUACAUUGUAUAGACAUAGCACAAUUAGUGAUCUAUGAUAUUUUGUUACUGAGUGCACUCUGACUAGUUAAUGGCCUGUGUCUUAAAUGCUUACUCCUGAAUUUAUGAUUGGCCUACUUGUUUGAAGUCAUUCAGUUACCCUUUCAUUAAGAAAAACUAGUACUAGUGCCUCUUGCUUAAACUUUUAAAUUCUGUGAAGAUCAUCUGAAAUUUUAUGAAGAGCAUCUGAAAUUCUGUGAAGAUUGUCUUAAAUUUUGUGAAGAGCAUCUGAAAUUCUAUGAAGAGGUUCCUAAAUUCUGUGAAGAACAUCUGGAAUUCUGUAAAGAUCAUCUUAAUUCUGUGAAGAGCAUCUGAAAUUCUAUGAGGAGCUUCUUAAAUUCUGUGAAGAUCUGAAAUUUCAUGAAGAGCAUCCAUCAGUUCUACCUUUAAACAGCUAAAUUUUAGAAUAAAAAAAAUCAGUAAAUUUGUACAGAAUCCAUGCAUAGAUUUUACUGCAAAAUCUUAUAAUAAAAAAUCUUCCGUGUGAAAGUCUGAGUUUAAAAAUUCUGUAAAAUAAUUAUUGGUAAUGCGUCACUAAUUUACCAAAAUUUACAGAUCGAGAAAUUAUAAGCAUUUCAAAGUAACAUUCCAUUGUAAAGUUCUUUCUUGUCACCAUGUAUGUCCAUGCCUAGUCUUAAACAAUUUAUUCUUUGUAUGUUUGAUGAAUUUUGUAAUUCACAAUUUAGUUUGUUAUACAUUUAAAAUAAAGAAAAGUAUUUUGUCAGUAUUCAGUGUAAAUUUGUCUCACUUAACAAAUCUAUAAUCUUUAUAUAGCCCUGUAGCUCAGUACACAAUUGAUUUGUGUGCUUAAGACAAAAUUGACAUGUGUUUCAAUAAUUUAUGAACUAACGUGUAUAAGUAACAUAAGAAACUGAAGUGUGACACAGUCUUGGUUAAUUUAUCAGUGAGAAUGAACAAACUCCCUGAGAUGACAUUUUUCAACAGACAACACUAUCUGGUUCUGUUCUUCUUUUGCUGUUGUACACUGAAAAAGUCAUCUUUAAAUUAAUUGUCAGAAUAGUUUUAGGUCAGCAAUUUCUGUUAGACGGUUAGCAGUAAAUAUUAACCCUUUGACUGCUGGCGGCAGUAAUUCUGCCUUUGCGACCAAUGCAGACCAAGAUCAGCCUGCACAUCUGUGCAGUCUGACCAUGGUCUGCACUGUUCACUAUUCAGUCAGUAAAUUUUCAGUAAACACCCCUUCGAAUAAUAAAUGGUAUUGCCCAAAUUGAAUGAUGGACCAGUCCAUUAUAGAAAUUUAGCAGGCUAAGGGUUAAGCUCAUGUUUAAAGACACCAUGCUAUAAAUAUUUAUAGUGUCAGAAGCCACUGAUAUACAAUAUGUUGCAGGUUCUGAGAUUAUAGAAUUGAGUUAUAACACCAGUCUGAGAAAGGAACCUUGCCAUUGGUCAGUUUCUUGAGAAUAAGCCAAUAAGAUCUGUUCUCCUAACCAAGUUUAAAAAAUAUUCUAGUAAAAAUUUAUAAAACAACAAAGAAACAAGCAUUUUGUAAACAAACACCACCAGUGUUUUGAUUUCUGCCCUGGAUAUGACAUUUUCAAGAUUGUUUUAGUUUCCAGCUUCAGCUCCUUUGCAAGAUUAACUGUGCUAGAUGUAAAAAAGUGCUAUUUUCAUCAUCAAUAACUUGUAUUUAUGUUGACCUAAGCACAAAGUUCUGAAGGUGAACUAUAGUGAUCACCCUGUGCCUGUUUUUCUGUUAAUACUCUACAGGAAAAAAAUUGACCCAACUUUUAUGAAAUGUAGUCAGUAUGUUUGCCUUAAAACACAUUUUGAUGAGUUUGAUAUUGAGUUAUUUAGGGUGAAAAACUAGGUCAAAACAAUAGAAGAACUUUGUCAAUACUCUCGACCGCAUUUUCUCCCAAUCUUCAUGAAAUCUUGUCAGAAUGUUAAGCUAUAAGAAAAAAAAAAACAAUGGAAGUUUGUCUUUAAUUAGAUCUAAGGUGAGCAAUACAGGAUCUUCAUGGCCUUCUUGUUUCAUGUUACUGAAAGUUGUGUAUUUACUAGAUCAUUAAUUAUAAUAAGGAUUGUUUAAAACAAUGCAUGCUGUUUUCACAUGAACAUGCUUUGUAUUUUUAUCGGAAUGCUAGAAUAUAAUUAUAAACAAUUUGAGCAUUUCAUUACAUUUGUAUGUAUUAAAUGUCUGAAGAAAUUGUUGUAAUUGCAUAAUACCUCCUGUUAGUGAUAUAUAUCAUUAUAUGUAAAUAAGAAAAGCUCGGUAUUGACAUACAGUCAAACUUGUGUUAAUGAGUUGCAGAGAACAGAGCCCAUCUCACUGUAAUUAAGCCUUAGCCUGCUAAAUUUCUAGGAUAGACUGGUUCAUCAUUCAGUUUGGUUCAAUACUGUUUAUUAUUCAAACUGAAAAUUUAUUGACUGAAUAGUGAACAGUGCAGACAAUGAUCAGCCUACAUGGACGUGCAUGCUGAUCUUGGUCUGCACUGGUCGCAAAGGCUGAAUCACUUGCCGCCAGAAGGUUAAGCCUUCUUUAUAAAUCUCUCUGUCAAACCAUUUUUUUGUUUUGCAAAGUCAACUAUGUAUUUUUGGUUUAAGUAAUAAAUAAUAAAUUAUCAUGGGUUGUUGUUUAACACAAGUUUAACAGUAUGUUGGUCUCCAUCAGUUUAGCUCAGAUUUGUAUACAUUCAGUUGUCCUUAGUUCAUACUUUAGACAACUGUGAAACUCAGGGGAGCAAUCUAGGGCCAUCAAGGCCAUCUUGUUUAAAAAAAGACAUAAUCUUAUUGAUAUUGAAAAGAUAAAAUAUGAUCUUUUUAUGCCCCCAAAGGGAGGCAUAUUAGUUUUCAACUGUCCGUCCGUUUGUUCAUUCGUUCGUUCGUUAGUUAGUUCGUUCGUCACAACGUUAACUUUUUGCAUGAAGGCACUUUACUCGCGAACCACUGCACCCAGGACCUUCAAACUUCCCUUGCUGAUAGUACUUAUUGAGUAUACCACCCCUACUGACUUUGGGGUCACCAGGUCAAAGGUCAAGGUCACAGGGGCCAACGUUAACUUUGUGCAUGAAGGCACUUUACUAGCGAACCACUGCACCCAGGACCUUCAAACUUCACGUGCUGAUAGUACUUAUUGAGUACACCACCCCUACUGACUUUGGGGUCACCAGGUCAAAGGUCAAGGUCACAGGGGCCAACGUUAACUUUUUGCAUGAAGGCACUUUACUCGCGAACCACUGCACCCAGGACCUUCAAACUUCACAUGCUGAUAGUACUUAUUGAGUACACCACCCCUACUGACUUUGGGGUCACCAGGUCAAAGGUCAAGGUCACAGGGGUCAACGUUAACGUUUUGCAUGAAGGCACUUUACUCACGAACCAUUGCACCCAGGACCUUCAAACUUCACUUGCUGAUAGUACUUAUUGAGUACACCACUCCUACUGACUUUCAGGUCACCAGGUCAAAGGUCAAGGUAACAGGGGCCAAUGUUAACUUUUUGCAUGAAGGCACUUUACUCGGGAACCACUUCACCCAGGACCUUCAAACUUUACAUGCUGAUAGUACUUUAUGAGUACACCAACCCUACUGACUUUGGGGUCACUAGGUCAAAGGUCAAGGUGCUGCGGGGGCAUUUGUCACCAUUAGUGACAGCUCUUGUUGUAAUGCAACUUUUCAAAAUACAUGUACCAUAACUAGUGAAACAGCUAGAGUACAACAAGUAUAUAAUAAAACAAUAAGAAUUAAAAAAAACAAGAUAUUUGACUUAGGUUGAAUCUCUGACUUCCUCAAAUUACAAUUGGGAAUAGGUAGAUGGCAGAGCACAGGGUUGCUAGUAUGAGCCCAAAGGUUUUGAUUUGCAAUUCAUGGCAAUAAGAAAUAAUACGAGACAUUUUUUCUGAAGGCGACAAAAACACUGUUGUUAAUGUUUUUUUUUCUCAUCAGGAAGUAAAAGUAUGCAAAACCUUAAUUUUGCCACCCUUGUUAAGUUUGCUGAUAUAUAAGUUAAGUAAGUUAGUCAGUUUUUAGCUCACCUGUCACAAAGUGACAAGGUGAGCUUUUGUGAUCGCGCGGUGUCCGUCGUCCGUCCGUGCGUGCGUGCGUGCGUCAGUCCGUAAACUUUUGCUUGUGACCACCCUAGAGGUCACAUUUUUCAUGGGAACUUUAUGAAAGUUGGUCAGAAUGUUCAACUUCAUGAUAUCUAGGUCAAGUUCGAAACUGGGUCACGUGCCAUCAAAAACUAGGUCAGUAGGUCUAAAAAUAGAAAAACCUUGUGACCUCUCUAGAGGCCAUAUAUUUCACAAGAUCUUCAUGAAAAUUGGUCAGAACGUUCACCUUGAUGAUAUCUAGGUCAGGUUCGAAACUGGGUCACGUGCCAUCAAAAACUAGGUCAGUAGGUCAAAUAAUAGAAAAACCUUGUGACCUCUCUAAAGGCCAUAUUUUUCAUGGGAUCUGUAUGAAAGUUGGUCUGAAUGUUCAUCUUGAUGAUAUCUAGGUCAAGUUUGUAACUGGGUCACGUGCGGUCAAAAACUAGGUCAGUAGGUCUAAAAAUAGAAAAACCUUGUGACCUCUCUAGAGGCCAUAUAUUUCAUGAGAUCUUCAUGAAAAUUGGUCAGAAUGUUCACCUUGAUGAUAUCUAGGUCAAGUUCGAAAGUGGGUCACGUGCCAUCAAAAACUAGGUCAGUAGGUCAAAUAAUAGAAAAACCUUGUGACCUCUCUAGAGGCCAUAUUUUUCAUGGGAUCUGUAUGAAAGUUGGUCUGAAUGUUCAUCUUGAUGAUAUCUAGGUCAAGUUCGAAAGUGGGUCACAUGCCGUCAAAAACUAGGUCAGUAGGUCAAAUAAUGAAAAACCUUGUGACCUCUCUAAAGGCCAUAUUUUUCAUGGGAUCUGUAUGAAAGUUGGUCUGAAUGUUCAUCUUGAUGAUAUCUAGGUCAAGUUCGAAACUGGGUCACGUGCGGUCAAAAACUAGGUCAGUAGGUCUAAAAAUAGAAAAACCUUGUGACCUCUCUAGAGGCCAUAUUUAUCAUGAGAUCUUCAUGAAAAUUGGUCAGAAUGUUCACCUUGAUGAUAUCUAGGUCAAGUUUGAAAGUGGGUCACGUGCCAUCAAAAACUAGGUCAGUAGGUCAAAUAAUAGAAAAACCUUGUGACCUUUCUAGAGACCAUAUUUUUCAUGGGAUCUGUAUGAAAGUUGGUCUGAAUGUUCAUCUUGAUGACAUCUAGGUCAAGUUCGAAAGUGGGUCACGUGCGGUCAAAAACUAGGUCACUAUGUCAAAUAAUAGAAAAACCUUGUGACCUCUCUAAAGGCCAUAUUUUUCAUGGGAUCUAUAUGAAAGUUGGUCUGAAUGUUCAUCUUGAUGAUAUCUAGGUCAAGUUUGAAACAGGGUCAUGUGCGGUCAAAAACUAGGUCAGUAGGUCUAAAAAUAGAAAAACCUUGUGACCUCUCUAGAGGCCAUACUUGUGAAUGGAUCUCCAUAAAAAUUGGUCAGAAUGUUCAUCUUGAUGAUAUCUAAGUCAAGUUCGAAAGUGGGUCACGUGCCAUCAAAAAGUAGGUCAGUAGGUCAAAUAAUGAAAAAACGUUGUGACCUCUCUAGAGGCCAUAUUUUUCAUGGGAUCUGUAUGAAAGUUGGUCUGAAUGUUUAUCUUGAUGAUAUAUAGGUCAAGUUUGAAACUGGGUCAACUGCGAUCGAAAACUAGGUCAGUAGGUCUUGAAAUAGAAAAGCCUUGUGACCUCUCUAGAGGCCAUACCCUUGAAUGGAUCUUCAUGAAAAUUGGUCAGAAUGUUCACCUUGAUGAUAUCUAGGUCAAGUUUGAAACUUGGUCACGUGCCAUAAAAAACUAGGUCAGUAGGUCAAAUAAUAAAAAAACCUUGUGACCUCUCUAGAGGCCAUACCUUUCAUGGGAUCUGUAUGAAAGUUGGUCUGAAUGUUCAUCUUGAUGAUAUCUAGGUCAGGUUUGAAACUGGGUCAACUGCGGUCAAAAGUAGGUCAGUAGGUCUAAAAUUAGAAAAAUCUUUUGACCUCUCUAGAGGCCAUAUUUUUCAAUGGAUCUUCAUGAAAAUUGAUCUGAAUGUUCACCUUGAUGAUAUCUAGGUAAGUUUCGAAACUGGGUCACGUGCGGUCAAAAACUAGGCCAGUAGGUAUAAAAAUAGAAAAACCUUGUGACCUCUCUAGAGGCCAUAUUUUUCAUGAGAUCUUCAUGAAAAUUAGUGAUAAUGUUCACCUUGAUAUCUAGGUAAAGUUCAAAACAGGGUCACGUACCUUUGAAAACUAGGUCAAUAGGUCAAAUAAUAGAAAAACCUUGUGACCUCUCUAGAGACCAUAUUUUUCAAUGGAUCUUCAUGAAAAUUGGUCAGAAUUUUUAUCUUGAUAAUAUCUAGGUCAGGUUCAAAACUGGGUCACAUGAGCUCAAAAACUAGGUCACUAUGUCAAAUAAUAGAAAAAACGACGUCAUACUCAAAACUGGGUCAUGUGGGAAGAGGUGAGCGAUUCAGGACCAUCAUGGUCCUCUUGUUUUUACUUUAGUGAUUGUAAAAGGCACAAGCACUAGCCAUAUGUAGAGGUGCCUGGAGAGGUUAACAGCAGACCGAGGUGAUGAUAUAUAUUGAAUUUGUUUUUUUUUUCUCUGCAGUAGUAACACUAGAUAAAUUGCAUAAUAUAUGGAGACUCUGGAUGUACUUUUUGUCCCUUUUUCAGGUACCAAUUGUACUGUGUUUAUUUUAUUCUGUUUAAUGCAAAAAAAUGGAUGAAAACAUACCAAACCUUUCAGCCUGAUAAAGGAAACAUAAAACGUGAAAAUUGUAAAAAAAAAAAAACAUCCUCAAAGGAUCCAGAGCUUGGUGUCUGUUUUUCUGAUGACAUUCUGGCUAGGCUUGUUUCAUUCUAUAAUAUAUAUUAUUAUAUUGUAGCAAUAUAAGUGUUAGGGUUGGGACUAGAAUAUGUAAUUUUUUAUUAUGAAAGGCCAUCAUAUGGGCAUCUGAAAUAGAAAAUUGAAUCUCCCUAGACAAUUUCUCUCCUAAUGAGAUUUGGGUUUAUGUAUGGGUCAUUUUUCAAAAUAUGUUGAAACUCUUUGAAAAAUGCUUUUUUUAAAGAGCCCUUACAUAUUACUAUUUUUAAAUGUAUUAUACAGAUUUAACAAUUUUUUAAUUUGAAAAUGAAAUAAUUAUCACAGAAACAUAUUCGUUUCUUGUAAAUAAUUACAGUAUACAAGUUAUCUUGGUAUGUCUCAUCAGUAUAUUACCAGUAAAAUUAUGCAUAAUUGCCUUUUUUCGGAAAAUGACAUGUUCUGAACUUGUUAGGGUUAGAAAUGUUUGUAAAAUUUAUAGGGCAGCAGUAGGCCUUGUUUUCAUGUACAGAAAGAACAGGUAUACAGUUUUCAUUCCCAUGUCUUGUUUGAUGUAUCUUGUUGAUGUUGCUAUAUAAUUGUAUCUUGUUAACUAUUUACUGAGUAUUGUUAUUAUGUAAUGAAAUCUCUUGUUCAAAAGUAAAAUUUAAUUAAGUCUU